CAUGUUUUCUGACUGCUGAUCCACUAUUGUCAGUUUGAUUGAGCCAGUUUAGCACAAUUCCUACGUGAGAGAUGGCAUCCAACCAGGACCAGGCGAGCUACCGCGCCGGCAAGGCCAAGGGACACACCCAGGAGAAGGCUGGGCAGGUGAUGGGCGCGGCCAAGGACAAGGCGUACGAGGCCAAGGACCAGGCGGCUGGCCUGGCGGGGCACGCGUCCGGGCAGGGGCAAGGCGCUACGGAGGCCACCAAGCACAAGGCCGGCGAGGCCACGGACAAGGCGUCCCAGACGGCGCAGGCGGCCAAGGACAAGGCUGCCGGGACGGCGCAGACAGCCAAGGACAAGGCCUCCGAGACCGCGCAGGCCGCCAAGGACCGCACCGUGGAGAGCAAGGACCAGACCGUACUGUGCGAUGGCGCAUUGACGGACCGUACCUGGAGGUAGAGGAAGGGGUCGGCGACGAAGUUGCUGGGGUAGCCGGCGUCGGUGGCGGAGGCGCAGGUGAGCACCGGGUUGGCCACCGGCCA